AUGGCUCAAGCGGCUGGAAGCGCGGCGCAGUGCGACAAGCUCCGCUACCUUGAGCAGGUCACGCGGUUCCCUGAUGAGGUGCAGCGGCAACUGCUCCGGGAGAUUCUGGCCCAAAACUCAGGGGCUGAGUACCUGCGGCGAAUCGGCGUCUCCGGCGACGCGCCCGACGCGGACGAGGCCUUCCGCCGCCUCGCGCCGCUCACGACGUACGAGGACAUCCUCCCCGACGUUACCCGCAUCGCCAACGGCGAUAGGUCGCCGAUUCUCUCGGGGAAGCCGAUCUCGGAGUUCCUCACGAGCUCCGGCACCUCCGGAGGAGAAAGCAAACUCAUGCCGACGAUCGAAGAGGACAUGGACAGGAGGUGCCUCCUCUACUCCUUUCUGAUGCCGGUCAUGAACCAGUUCGUGCCGGGGCUGGACCAGGGAAAGGCCAUGUACCUCUUUUUUGUCAAGUCGGAGAGGAGCACGCCAGGUGGGCUGCCGGCGCGCCCGGUCCUCACCAGCUAUUACAAGAGCCCUCAAUUUACACACAGGGCCCACGACCCAUUCACAGUGCAUACCAGCCCCAACGAGGCCAUCCUGUGUUCCGACGUCCACCAGAGCAUGUACGCGCAGCUGCUCUGCGGUCUCCUCCAGCGGACGGAGGUUCUCCGCGCCGGCGCCAUCUUCGCGUCCGGCUUCCUCCGCGCCAUCCAUUUCCUGGAGAAGAACUGGGUGCUCCUAUGCGACGACAUAAGGGCCGGCACCCUCAACGCCGACAUCGUCACGGAUCCCUCCGUGCGGCGCGCCGUGGAGCGGGUGCAGCUCCGCGCCGACCCGGCGCUGGCAACCGCGCUAGCCACCGAAUUCUGCAAGCCGUCCUGGGACGGCAUUGUGCCAAGGCUGUGGCCCAACAUUCGCUACAUCGAGGUCAUCGUCACCGGCGCGAUGGCUCAGUACGUUCCCACGCUCAACUUCUACGGCGGCGGCCUGCCGCUGUGCAGCACGAUGUACGCGUCGUCGGAAUCCUACUUCGGGCUCAACCUGGACCCGACGUGCGACCCAGGCGACGUCCUGUACACCCUACUACCUUCGAUGUGCUUCUACGAGUUCCUCCCGCUCAGGCUCAGCAGCUCGGGAGAAGGCGGCGCCACCGAAGCGGACCUGGUAGACCUCGUCGGCGUCGAGCUCGGACAAGAGUACGAGCUGGUGGUCACCACGUUCGCGGGCCUGUACCGGUACCGCGUCGGCGACGUGCUCCGCGUGGAAGCGUUCAUGCACCGCUCUCCGCAGUUCAGGUUCUUGCGCCGGAAGAACGUCCUGCUCAGCAUCGACGUUGACAAAACGGACGAAUGCGAGCUACAUGCGGCGGUCAGUGCCGCGGCGGGGAAGCUGGAGCGCUUCGGCGCUUCGCUCCUCGAAUACACCAGCUGGGCGGACGCGGCAGCAGUUCCUGCUGGCCGCUACGUCCUGUACUGGGAGCUCCUCAGCUCCGCCGGCGGCAUGGCGGCCGUUCCGGCGGCUUCCAUGGAGGAUUGCUGCAUUGCGGUGGAGGAGUCGCUAAACUCCGUCUACCGCCAAUGCAGAGCAUCGGGGAUCAUUGGUCCUCUGCAGAUACGGCUCGUCGCCGGAGGGACCUUCGACGCGCUGAUGGACGAAGCGCUCAGCAGGGGAGCUUCGGUAAACCAGUACAAGUCCCCCCGGUGCGUCUCCUCCAAGACGCAGGUCGAGCUCCUGGACGGACGGGUGCUCGCCCGCUACGUCAGCCCUCGCUGCCCCAAGCAGUGA